GGCCUGUGGGGCAUUAUGAAAUUGUAUGAAAGAACAGAGAACAGAGAAGUUUAUUCAGGUCAUAAGGCUGCUCUACCAGGGUACAUAAGUGUGCCGUCCUCCAUAAUGGGCAAAUGUCUGACUGGUUCAAAGUUAAAACAGGUGUGAAACAAUGCUGUGGAAUGUCCAGCUUCCUCUUCUUCUUUACACUUGACAGGAUCAUAUGCCAAACAACAGAAAAGGCUAACACCGGGAUAAGAUGGAAGAUUAUGGAGCAGCUUGAAGACCUUGAUUUUGCAGAUGAUAUUGCCCUAAUCUCCAUAAUAACAAACUAGAUGCAGAGGAAAACUACUAAGCUUUCGGAUGCAGCUAGUACAAUCCGGUUAUGAAUCAGCAGGAAGAAAACCGAGGUCCUUAAGAUCAACUGAUAAGGAAAGGACAAAAUAAAGUUUCCUGAUGGCAAAAAGAUCAAAGAAGAUGACUUUGUAUACCUGGGCACAAAAUGAGCAGAAAAGCAUCUCAGCAUGCAACAGCCGAAGACCACAUUGGGUUCCACUCCUGCCAGCCAAGAACAGGAAUCUUAGAAUCAAGAACAAGCUCCUAUUAGAGUGGCCGUUUUAUCCAGUAUUUUAGUGAGUGGUAGUGAAGGUUUCGCUCCUGGACUGCAGGUGGCGCCAUGGCAGCGUUUUGUCGGUUUUCGACGAGGAAGUUUGAAAAUGGCGGUGAAGGCAACAGCAGUGUCGAAAUGUUUUCAGCUAUUUUCAGCGAACCAGUGAAGUAAACCAAUAGCUGUAGCUGUAAUACUGAAAAUGGAACCCAGUAGCAGCAGGGGACUGGACCCCAUCCUCUCCAGAGUGGCCCUGAAUGAUAACAAGGCAGGCAUGCAGGGCCUCGACAAGGAGAAAAUCAACAAGAUUAUUCUCGAAACAUCCAAGGGAUCCAGAUUCUAUGAGAAUGAACUGAAAAAGGAGCGUCAGGUGAACCAGCGCAUCGAGAAGAUGAUGCGGUGUAAAGCUAAGGUUACUGAACAGCAAAUACAGAAAGCGCAAGCAGAGGUGGAAAAGCUGACUGCUGAUCUGGAAAAGACUCGCAAGCUGGACAGGGUGAUUGUGCAUGUGGAUAUGGAUGCCUUCUAUGCUGCUGUGGAGAUGAGAGACUGUCCAGAACUGAAAGACAAACCCAUGGCUGUGGGCUCCAUGAGCAUGUUGUCCACUUCAAACUACCAUGCCAGGAGGUAUGGUGUCCGUGCUGCCAUGCCAGGCUUCAUUGCUAAGAAGCUCUGCCCGGAUUUGGUCAUCGUUCCACUCAACUUUGACAAAUAUAGAGCAGUGAGUGAGCAGGUGCGAGAGGUAUUUGCAGACUAUGAUCCUCACUUUUUGCCCAUGAGUUUAGAUGAAGCUUAUCUGGACAUCACUGAGCAUCUGGAGCAGAGGAAGCACUGGCCUGAGUCUAUGAGAACGUAUCAGAUCUGUGAAAUGAAGACCACAGGAGUGAAAGAGAUGAAUGAACUCGAGACUUCCCCUGUGCUGUUUGAGGACAGCCCAAGUUCCUCCCCUAUUGUCUCAGGGGCUGAUCGGAAGGUGGAGGUAUUUGGGACAAGUCCUGAAGAAGCUGUGAGAGAGAUGCGCUUUCGCAUCGAGCAGAAAACAACACUGACGGCAAGCGCCGGUAUCGCACCAAACAUGAUGCUUGCAAAAGUGUGCAGUGAUAAGAACAAGCCCAAUGGUCAAUACAGAAUUCUUCCUGAGAGAAAGGCUGUGAUGGACUUCGUCCAAGAGCUGCCUGUUCGGAAGGUCUUUGGGAUCGGGAAAGUAACUGAAAAGAUGCUCACUGCUUUAGGCAUCAUCAAUUGUUCUCAGUUUGGACAGCAGAUGGCGAUGCUCUCAUUGCUCUUCUCUGAAACAACCUGGCACCGUUUCCUCCAGAUUUCACUGGGGCUCGGUUCUAUUCACAUAGACAGAGAUUCUGAGAGAAAAAGCAUGAGCACAGAAAGGACAUUUGCAGAGAUGAGUGAUGCACACAAGCAGUACUCACUGUGCAGGGAGCUCUGUCACGAUUUGGCAAAGGAUGUACAGAAGGAGGGCCUGAAGGGUAAAACUGUCACUUUGAAACUGAAGAAUGUCAACUUUGAGGUGAAGACCAGAGCGUUCACACUGCAGUGUGCUGUGUGCACCGAAGAGGAGAUUUUUGCUGCUGCUAAGGACCUUUUGAAAGCUGAGAUUGAUAAUGUCAGCCCUCUACCCCUGAGACUGAGAUUAAUGGGUGUUAGGAUUUCAAGCUUCAUCAGUAUUGAUGAUAAACAGCCCCUGCAGAAAAGCAUUGUGGGGUUUCUGAAGAUAGCAUCAGAUUCUAGCGGUCCAGCUCAGCCAUCCAAAUCAGAAAUCAGCAGCGUGUUGGGUUCUAGUGUCAAUUCAACAAGGGAACAGUGUCCUGAGACCAGAAGUCCUUCAUUUAUAGAGGAGAAAUCUAAACCAUUCAGUAAGUGGCGGACAGAAUCUGGUUGCACUACUGAAUCUCAGCAACAGACCUUUUUCCAGAAGGCUCAUGCAAAGAGGCUGCAAAAACAAUAUGAGCAAGAAGAAACAUCUGCAGACAAAAUAUCUAAAUGUUUAGCCAUAGAUUCAGCAAAUAACCCUGCCUUUAUUGUUCCAACCCACAAAGCAACAGUCAAAACGGAAGAAACUCGGACAUGCACAUGGAUAAAACAUCCGGAUACAGAUGAAACUGCAGCCAAAGCUGACUCAAGUGUGUCCAAAACAAACACAGUAUCAUAUACAACCCAAACAAAAACACAGUCUACAAACAUGCAGUGUUUUACGUGUCCCGUGUGCUUCAGUGAAAUAGAAACUAAAGGCCUGUCAUCAUUCAACCAACAUAUAGACAAGUGUCUUAGCAGUGAACUGGACAAGAAAAACACAUCCAUGGAUGAAUGUGAGGAAGAGAAACUACUGGGCAAGCAAGAUGAAGUAGAAAAAGAUCAUGUUCAUCAUAAAAUCACAGAUUUGAGCUCAGGAAGCAGGACAUCGGUAUUGAAAAGAAACGAUGAAGGGCCUUACACCAGUACCUCCACACCCGUUUUUGAAAACGAUGCCCAUUCUGAUUUUAGAACGCCAUUUUUUAAACGCUUUACAAGCACGCGUGAAAAGCGUUCUCUUGUACCUCAUGAAGCCAUGAGUGAUUCAGGAUCUGUAUCUUUCCUCCAAGCAGCUAGUUCAGUUCAAGCUAUUAGUCAGUCACUGGACACGAAUGUGUCCACUUUGACAUGUCCAGUGUGCAACCAGGCUCAGGAUACUGAUGACCUCGUUCUCUUCAACCAUCAUGUGGAUAUGUGUCUGAAUCAGGAAGUGCUUUCGGAGUUUAGAGAAGCCGUUCCUCCAAGAGAUUCCAGAAUCAAAGGUCAUGAGAAGGACUCGACUGCAAGAGGAAAGAGCAAAAGACGAGGAUCACCACCACCUCCUCCCUCAAAGAAAACCAAAGCCAUCAGUACAAGACACACCAUUGAUAAAUUCUUCAAGGGGAACAGAAAUCAGAAAUUUUAACUUGCUUCAUCUUAUCUCUUGGUGUCUGUGUCUGCUACACCUGAUAGCAGGUACAGACCAGGCAGUGCAGCUGUCAAUGAAGUAAUGAAUAUUUAAAAAAAAACAUCAUGAGUCAAGAUGUUUUGCUGAACUUCCAUUUUGGAUGGAAUAUAUAUAUAUAUAUAUAUAUGAGUGAUUCCACGCUUAUGGGUACUGAAAUGGGGACAUGAACUUAUUUUUAA